CUUAGCUCUCUGCUUUUCUUCUCCUUUUUUGUUUCUUUAACAAGCAAUGGCUUCUUUCUCUUCUAGCUUUGUCUUGUCUCAAAACCUCUUCUUCUUCUCGCUCUUCUGCUUCUUUCUACUUGCUUCUGCUGACUUAUCGGCAACUUUCUAUGCAUCUUCAUGCCCAAAAGCUCUCUCCACCAUCCAAACUACAGUCAAGGCCGCAGUGGCCAAAGAGAAGCGCAUGGGGGCGUCGUUGCUCCGCUUGCAUUUCCAUGAUUGCUUUGUUAAUGCCUGCGACGCUUCAAUUCUAUUAGACGAUACUUCCAGUUUCACUGGAGAAAAGACCGCGACUCCCAAUGCUGGCUCUCUCAGAGGUUACGAAGUGAUCGAUACUAUCAAAUCCCAAGUUGAGAGCGUGUGUCCAAACGUCGUGUCUUGUGCAGAUAUCAUAGCGGUUGCUGCUCGUCAUUCAGUUGUUACGCUGGGUGGGCCAUCAUGGACGGUGCAGUUAGGGAGAAGAGAUUCGACCACAGCGAGUUUAAGUGCUGCCAAUAGCGAUAUACCUGGGCCCACUUUAAGCUUAAGCGACCUUAUAUCUGCCUUCUCAAAAAAGGGCCUCAAUGCUAAGGAAAUGGUGGCCCUUUCAGGUGCCCACACCAUAGGCCAAGCAAGUUGUGCCACUUUCCGGACCCGAAUCUACAACGACACCAACAUCGAUUCGGAUUUUGCUACAUCACUACAGUCAAAGUGUCCGAGCACAGGCAGCGAUGACAACCUCUCGCCACUCGACAAGACAUCUCCGACAUAUUUCGAUGUCAGUUACUAUAGGAACUUGAUCAUCGACGAGGGUCUCCUCCAUUCAGAUCAAGAACUCUUCAAUGGCGGGUCUACCGAUUCUCAAGUUGAGAAAUACUGGAGUAGUUCAACGACAUUCUUCACCGAUUUCAGCAAUGCCAUGGUUAAGAUGGGGAAUAUCAGUCCUCUCACCGGAUCUAAUGGUGAGAUCAGGACCAAUUGUAGGAAAACAAACAGUUAAGUGGGGUUGGUGGUGGGCCAGGGCUGGGCCUAGAAUAGGUCCUGACCGGUCAAAUAGGCCUGAAUCAAUUCCAAGUCCAAUCAAUACCACCUCUAGGCUUUUUUUUUUCUUUUCUUUUUUGACGUGUGGUUUUAUGGAGUUUCAUGGACUCUACAAAGAUAAUAAUUUAUUAAGGUGUGAUUAGGUAAGAGUCUUAGUCAAGUGGGCCACCUCAAAUGGGGCCCAUGUGUAAACCCAUGUGUGACCUAAUAAUGAUAUUUGUAUUUCCACACA